UAAUACGAUGAGCUGGUUAGUCUUAUUUAAAGUGAUCUAAUUUGUUAUCGGAGGCAAGAAAAUCUAGAACUUGAGUCAAAAUCGAUGAAAUUUAUGCGAGUUCGAAAAUUGCGGUUCUAUAUGUUAUACCUUUGAUCUUAUAUCAGCCCAAAUGUUAUUAGUGAUAAUUGUUGUUUUCUUUGAUUGAGAGCAAUUAAUUAUGACAAUGAUUCCAUCAACUUUACCCGCGAUUUUGUUCAUAAUUUGUUUCUACAGUUCAACUGGAAUAACAUCAUCAGGUCGCCCCAGGAUUCAACCUUUCACCUUUCCCAAUGAAGUGAAUUUAAAUCAACCAAUUUUAGUCAUUAAUUGUAUCGUAUCUUCCGGAGAUGUGCCAAUAACUUUUGAAUGGUUAAAAGAUGGACAAUCAAUUCAAGCCGAAAAUAACAACAAUGUUGAUAUUGAUGUAAGAAAUCAUGAAAUGUACUCGAUAUUGGAGAUGAAAAAUUUGAAAAGUAAACACAUUGGCAAUUAUACUUGUGUGGCAUCCAACAGAUUUGGAACUGAAUCGUUUACAAGCAGUUUACUGAUGAAAGGUUUUCUACUUUAAUUUAGCGAACCUCGAAUCUGAAUAGUUGAUAUAAAUAUUAAUCUGAUUCUUUUUUCUUGUUUUGUUUAUCUUUUUUAGUUCCACCUUUUUGGAUUAAAGAACCAACUGACAUUAGAAUCUCAUCUGGUUCACAAUUAACGGUUGAUUGUUUAGCCAAUGGUUAUCCAAUU